GAGGAACUUGUUCAGAGUGGACCGGGGACGCUGGGAGGCGAAAUAAACAAUCUCCGGACUCGUCGGAGCCACGACCACACGGUUUACCCCCUCGAACACAGCAUUCAAACACCCAUCUAGGAUAUACAAGGUUACAGGUGUGCUGGUAGUGAACGUGUGCUGCAGCAGGCCAGGCUUGGCAGCAUGGUGAAGGCCCAGAAGUCAAGUGGGAGGAAGAGCUCUCUCUGUCCCCGCAGACAGAGUGGUGGUCAGACAGAGAUGGAAGAAGGCCAAUUGGACACGCAGCAUUCACCAAGGGUACAGCCCCAAGACCUGUCCACUGGUCAAGCCCUACUUCAGACUCUAUCAGAGAACUGUGAUGAAAAUGACACAGCAAUGGACAUCCAGGAUAGGGAAGAUCCUGCCUACCAGCACCAGUCUCAUAUCAGGUCUCUAUGGAGGCCCAUUCCCCCUUUACUGCCUGAACCUGGGACUCACAGAAACAUAGCCGCUGAGACUAGGGACCAGAGCUGCCAGACGGAGGAUCAGCUUCUGCAGUCCAGCGCUAGAAGCAAAGGGCACAAUACAGGUUAUUGUGUGGAGCCUGGUGAUCCACCUCUGCUUCAGCAGCCUCUGCAGACCUCAAAGUCCGGGAUUCAGCAAAUAAUCGAAUGCUUCCGAUCAGGCACCAGCCAGCUGAAGCAUAUGCUGCUAAAGGAGGUGGACACCAUCUUCGAAUGUAAACUCUGCCGCAGUCUGUUCAGAGGCCUUCCCAACCUCAUCACACAUAAAGAGUACUACUGCUUAUCUCGCCUGCCUGAAUCAGACGGCUCACCGGGUGAUGACAAACAGAGUGUUGCUAUUAAGGACUUGCUGGAUGCCAUAUAUCCCAGAGUUGACCGGCCAGACUACGUGGUCCGACUGGAACCCAUUCAGACCACCACCAAGGCGGUGUUUCAGUACAUCACCACAGAGGAGGAGCUGUCUAGAUAUCCAUCACACACACCCAGUGCCAGAGAGAGUCCAGUAGCAUGGGAAGGAGAAGCAGUGGAGAAUGUGGACAACAACCAACUGAACCAUCCCGGAGGACCAGAGGCCCACAGCAGCCCAGGCCACAACCAGGGGCCGAGAAGAUGGGAGCCCGAGGAAGAGGCCAAAGAAGAGCCACCGCAGCCUGAAGAUGAAGGAUCCACUAGUGGGGUUGAAGAUGUGACCAUCUCCUGCUGUUUGUGCGGUCAGGACUUUAACUCACGACGCAGCAUCAGGCGUCACUGCCGCAAAAUGCACCAGACCAAACUUGAGGAGCUUCGAAAGUUCACUGAGACACGUACCGUUCCCACAAGCCUUCUUUCCAUGGUGAAAGCUGGAGGGCGGCAAAGGACUCUCAGCACACCUACGGGGAAAUCCUGCCAUGUGUGCCUCAAAACCUUUGCUACCAAAGCCAAUGUACGCCGGCAUUUUGAUGAGGUGCAUCGCGGCCUGCGGAGGGACACCAUUACACCCAGCAUUGCCACACGGCCGGCCCAGCCCUUCUCUCUGGAGGUCCCGUCGCCCAAGAAGAGUAACAAUGCCUCUCCAACACGCAGUCACAACACUAAGUCCACCCCUGUGAGUUCGAAAACAACGCCUUCAAAUCAAAACCAGCCCAAACCUCAGAGUCAUAUUCCAGCUGCUCCGCAGGCAAACCUGGCCUCAUGCCGUUGCACACUGUGCAAGAGGAACUACAGCUCUCAGCUCAUGCUAAAGAGGCAUAUGCGGAUUGUCCACAAGAUAUACAGCAUCAAAAGUAACAGGUCUACCAACACCCCGACCCCCACUACCACCACAACAACAACAACCACAGCAGCAACAACAACAGCAGCAGUCACUCCCAACAGCAGCAGCAGUAGCAGCAGUAACGUUGUCCCUAGCAACAAUGUCCGAGUGAAAGAGGAAGCAGUGGAGCCAUCGGAUGAAGACGAUGAAGAGGACAUUGACAGUAGCCCAGCUCCAUCUCCUAGUGACAGCACUGGGACAGGUAAAGGUGUCUCUGCGCCACACAACGCCAUGAAGGUGAAGGAGGAGGAGGCCCCAUCAAGCCCAAAGGUGGCGCCAUCCCCAUCGUCAUCUGCUUCACGUGGAGGAAACGUGAGCAGCGGAGGCUUGGGCGUCAGAAUGAACAAACUGUCGGUGGGUUUCGACUUCAAGCAGCUCUUCUGCAAGCUGUGCAAGCGGCAGUUCAGCUCCCGUCAGAACUUAUCUAAGCACAUUGAGCUGCACACAGACGGCAAUGACAUCUUCAUUAAGUUCUACCGCUGCCCUCUCUGUCGCUACGAGUCACGGCGCAAACGUGACGUCCUGCGACACGUGACUGUGGUUCACAAGAAGUCAUCGGCAUACCUGGCAAAGAUCAUGCCCAAACUGGAGAGCAGGGCAGUGAAGCGGCUAGCUGAAGUCGUCCUCAACAACACAAACCCCAAUAAGAGGGCAAGCGGCAGCGUCAAGGAGGAAGUGAACGGGCGCCACACCUCAACUGCCCCCUCCUCUCCUUCACCCCCUAUCACUCGAAAGCAAGAGUGCUCCACAACGGCCUCAACCGCCUUGGCAGCGUCCUCUUCCUCGGCACCACAUCCUGCCGCCGUCUCUCGGAAACAGCAGGACUUCUCAUCGCCACCGGUCACCCCGUCCCCUCCCGUCACCCGUAAACAGGAGAGACAGCAGACCCACCAGCAUCGCCCCAUCAGCCCCCCGCUGACCCGUCGCAGCGAUAAACACACACACCAACGCAACCCUUCCUCCACCUCACCCAGCAACCAGACCUCACACACCCGGCGGCACGACACCCAGUCAGAAAGCAGCAGCACUGGCUCAUCCUCCACUGAAGUCAGAGUGACCAAGAAUUUCUCUCUGCACGCCUGUGACCAGUGUGGACGGGCGUUUGCCAAGAAGUUGUACCUGGAAUCUCACAAACGAAGCCAUCGUAAUGCAGCCGCGGCAGCAGCCAACAGGAGGAAAGGUGUCAACACACGCUCCAAGACCCUGCUCUGGUGCACAUAAUCAGUCCACUGGGGAUAAUGGUCGAGUGAGCCACCAACAAUGAAGAAGAAAAUCAAAGCUUUCAAUUGGGAAAAUAAUGGACAAAUGGAACGCAAACAGAGAGGAGAUGAAGGAAACAAACAAAGGAACACUGGAGUGAGAUGGAAGAGAAACGUGCAAAAGAUUUUCAACCUUUUGCUUACGAACCAAAUGCACUGUUGGACUAAGAUGUUUUGUAUAGUUUCAAUAUGACGCCGGCCAGAUGUGACGCACAAUCUGGCUGGAUGGUGGCGCUGCUAUCCAUGAACAGACUGAGGUGAACGGUGGAUUCACUGCGACUGUAUAUAUCUGUAUUUACUUCUUACAGUUUGUAAAUCUAGAUCCAUAUACAGAGACUGAUUUGGUCAACCACCUUUAGGAAAAGGAUGAAGGAAGACUGUAUGUGUGUGUGUAUGUGUUUGUAUGUAUGUGUGUGUGUGAAUGAAGGAGGGAAUCACAACUGGAUUUGGGCUCCACAGGAAAGGAACUGGAAAUAACCUGUUGAUUUUUGUUUAUUUUUUUUUUCUUGAAGAAGAAAAUGUAAGCCUUGCAGUCUUACGAAAUCGCACAAAACAAAUAUUCUGACUUUAUAUAUUGUGCAAAAACUGGAUAUAUUCAAGACAACAUUCUUAACAACAUGUUACAUGAGCAGAAAAUACUUUUUCAUUCCCUACUUUGUACUUUACCCUUCAUGUUUCUGAUUUGUUCCACUCUGGUAAUUGGAACACCCAUGGUCUGCUUUCUUAAUAGAGAAGUGGCUUCAGAGGGUCAGACGUUUGCUUUAGAGCUGUUACUCACACAAGUAACCCUCACCUCUGUGGCUGUGAUCGUCCUAACUCUAACAUAGUCUGAAUGAGCAGCCUGUUACGUCUGUCUCAUAGUGAAAUAGCCUCUCGAUUUGACAUAGGCCCAACAGCUUGGACGUUGUAACGAAUCCAAUGCUUAUAAAUUACAGGGUAUGGUCAGAAAAGGGAAAGUAGAUUUUUCCUUUUUCCCUGUAAAAAUUAAGUGAAAGUCACUUAUAAUUGUGCUUGGUUUUCUUUUUCACUUUUUCCUGUUAUUCUGUUUUUGUGCUGGUGACAGGAUUGCAAUGAACUAAGGAUGUUUCCUUUUAUUUGACCAUACCCCGUUUACCUCCAUUAACUACCUGCCGCUUUAAAAAGAGCAAACAGACCAUAUAUCAGAAAAACAUUAGCUCUGUUGGAUUUGAGUACAACCGUGGGCCUUCUAAAAUGAAAUGAGGUGGCCAUUUGGGAGAAAAAAAUGACAACUUGCCCUCACAAAUGGUACUAAUUAUGAAGCUGUGAAACAAUCCAGUGUGAUUACAAUUAUAACUCAUUUACAGAUGCUUAAGUUUAAUAGAUGUUAAAUCAAAUCGGAUUUAUGCUAAUGUCUUGAAUAAUGAUUACUGUGGAAUAAAACAACUCGGAUCAACAUCCACAGGCGAAAUACUCCAACUCUCAAAUUAAUUCUAUUAUUACACCUUACCUGUCGAAUGAUUUUUGCUAAUGUGUGAGAAUAGAAUUUACAGUAAGCAGCAGAAAAAGGAACGCACACUUAAUUGUAGAAUGAGCAGACCUUUUUCGAUAGGAUUAUACCGACUGUACUGCUUCAGAUAUUGGAAAGCAAGAACUGGAGCACCUUGUUUUCAGUCCAGUGGAACAUUAUUAACCGCUGUCAUGUUGUUUGAAGACGGCAGCUGAGUCACGAUGGCAACUCAUCUCAGCUCCGUCCGCUUGUCAUUUAUUUAGUAUCAUUUACAUCAAACUUUUUGCUCCAUUAGCCAAAAAAAAAACAGGGAGGUCAGUUAGCAAACUUUGGGACCUUUUUGCUUAAAAUCUUGCAAUUUCCAUCAUGGUUAUUUGGACUAAUUGCUGUACUUGCUAAUUUCAAGCUGCGUAAGUUUGACAACAGCAACAGCAACAGCACCGAAGGAAGUCUUUGAGCCACAAGCACAUGACGGUUGGAGAGGAAAGGACUGAGAAAGACCAAAUGUAGAUAUGUCUUAAUAAUGUUCAAACAGAAAGCCAUGAAAUGGGACAAAAACUGAAAAAAGACCAAACUUUAUUUUUCUAACUGAAAACACGAGCGUGACAAGGUCUUGGAAACAUGUAUAUAUAUAAUAGUUCUAAUAGUCACAAUAGUUACUGACUGUACUUAACUGUUGGUUGACCAUAUGCUUCAAACAUGUCUGACUAGUUCUGUCACUGAUUACUACUGAGGCAAGUUUGUGUUGUUCUAUGAUUAGUUGUCUCUUUUUACUUUCAUUCUCAUUCCUUUUAAGGGAGGACAUGUUUGGAACAGGAAUCGAACCUCAGGAGAUUCCUAAGACUUGUUUUUGUUUGUAACUCAUUACUUUUCUCAUCAGUUGUACUAUGUUAUGAAACUCACCUUCUAGAGAACCUGAGUUAGAGAAGCCUUUCAGAUGUGACACGAAUGUUAAAGCCAACCACUUAAAUAAAAAAUAUACUGCUACAGACCUCA